AUGGAAAUGAUGCAAGGUUGGAUCGACUUGGGGACCAAGUUGGGUCUGGAGGACGAGGCAUUACAGGACUUUGUCAAGGAACAGCAGGACCGCGAACGUGAGGAGAGAGCGGCUGUUAGAGAGGAGCUCCGACUUAAGGAGGAGAGGGAGCUAAAACUAAUGGAGUUAACGGUACAGGAGAAGACCGAGGCGGUAAGACUCCAAACUAUGGCGAGAGGGAGAGAGGAAGGGAAAGCUAGAUUGGGAAGGUACAAUCCCAAAUUACCUCCCUUUGAUGAAACAAAGGAUGAUUUGGACUCCUACCUAAGGAGAUUUGAAACUUUUGUGUUAGCACAGGGCUGGGAUGAGGAGAACUGGUCGGUGGCUCUUAGUACAUUACUCAAGGGAAAGGCCUUGGAAGUUUUCUCAAGGUUGCCGCCAGAGACAGCUCUGCACUAUCGUUUGCUUAAGGAAGCAUUAUUGAAGCGGUUUGACUAUACAGAGGAUGGAUUUCGUAAGAAAUUUCGUGAGAGUAGAGUAGAUGAUAGAGAGACUUUUUCACAGUUUGCUGUGCGUCUGGAAAAUUAUUUUACUCGUUGGUUAGAUAUGGCCAAGUGUAGCAAGACAUAUGACGCGUUGAAAGAUCUUGUUAUUCGCGAACAGCUGCUUAUGUUGUGUCAAAAGGAACUAGUUAUAUUCCUUAAGGAAAGGAAACCAGAUUCAAUAGAACAGCUUUCACUACUGGCAGACCAGUUCAUGGAAGCUAGAAGACAACCAGCCAAAAACUUUAUGGUAAGGAAUUCUCCCUUCAGUAAACCCGUGACUCAACAUACCAGCAAUGCUAAUGGUGGCCCUAACCGAUCCAGUGGAAAUCCCUCUACAGGAAAUAGGAACACAAACCCUACGUACACGGAUACUAGGAAGUGUUUCAACUGUCAAGGUAUUGGUCACAUCGCGGCUAAGUGUCCCAAUAGAGGAACAAAGGGGAAGUCUAUGGCAAUACAGAGUCCAGAACCAAGUUUACCAGUGAAGAGUGGGUUGUUGGGAGACUGUAAAGUCAGUGUACUGAGAGAUACGGGAUGUAGUGGCAUAGUCGUGCGCAGUAACUUGGUAGGAAAGUCUCAAUACUUGGGUUACAAUAAGACCUGUAAGUUGGCUGAUGGUACUGAAUUAACCCUUCCUGUAGCUGAGGUGUAUAUAUGCUCUCCAUUUUUCACAGGAAAGGCCGAAGUAUGGUUGAUGGAGAAUCCUGUGUAUGAUGUGUUGAUAGGAAACGUACAAGGGGCAAAGGAGCCAGACGUACCAGAUGUGGUUGCAGCAGUACAGACACGAGCUCAGAUUCGGGAACAACAGCAGGGUACAAAACCUCUGAAGGUUCCACCUCUUCUAAAGGAAGUCGCUUCGAGAACGGACAUGAUCCAAGCACAGAUGGAUGACCAGUCAUUAAAAAACCUUCAUGAUCUUGCCCGACAGGGAAAGAUAAAGGAAACUCCUAAUGGGAAUGUUUCUUGUUUUACAUACCGGAAAGGUCUGCUGUAUCGGAAGAUAGAGAAACUAGGGGAAAUAACCCAUCAGGUGGUGGUGCCUAGUCCAUUCAGAGAAGCUGUCCUACAACUAGCACAUGACGGCAUCAUGGCGGGGCACAUGGGAAUCAAAAGGACUACUGAGAGAGUCAUGUCGGGAUUCUUUUGGCCUGGAUGUAAAAUAGAUGUAUCUAGAUACUGUAAAUCGUGUGACAUAUGCCAACGAACCAUACAGAAAGGACGUGUUAACAAAGCACCGCUUGGAGAAAUGCCAAUCAUAGGGCAAGCUUUUGAAAGGGUAGCAGUAGAUUUAAUUGGACCUCUGAUUCCUGCUUCAGAUAGAGGACACAGGUACAUAUUAACUCUUGUAGACUUUGCAACCAGAUAUCCAGAGGCUGUACCUUUAAAGAAAAUUGACACAGAAAGCGUGGCGGAUGCAUUGCUUGACAUAUUUAGCCGUGUUGGGGUCCCCAGAGAAAUCCUCAGUGAACGAGACGGACAAUUUACCUCGGAAAUGAUGGCUGAAGUUAGUAGGUUGCUUUCCAUGAAGCAGCUAGUUACUACGCCUUAUCACCCAGCAUGCAACGGCUUAGUCGAGAGAUAUAAUGGCACACUGAAGUCAAUGUUGAAGAGGAUGUGCACGGAACGUCCAAAAGAUUGGGACCGUUAUGUAAGUCCACUUCUUUUUGCGUAUCGCGAGGUACCGCAGGAGUCAUUAGGGUUUGCGCCAUUUGAACUCCUUUUUGGCCGGACAAUACGAGGACCUAUGGAAAUCUUAAGAGAACUCUGGACCAAGGAUGUUGAUAACUCGGAAACCAAAACCACUUAUCAAUACGUGCUUGACCCGAAAGAAAAGCUAGAAGAAACGUGCCAGCUAGCGCGGGAAAAUCUUACGCGAGCAAGGAGAGUACAGAAGAAACAGUACGACAGAAAUGCCAGGAGGAAAGACCUCGGAGAAGGCGACAAGGUACUAGUUCUACUACCUACAAAAAGUAACAAACUCGAACUGCAAUGGAAGGGACCUUUUCAAGUUGUCAAGGCAACCAAUUUGGACUACAAAAUUGACAUGGGUAAUAAAAUCAAAACUUUUCAUGCAAACAUGCUUCAGAAGUAUGUGGAGAGAGAGACAGCUCAGACUACAUAUAUCAGACAGCAGGAAAAAGGAAUUUUAGCUUCGGUGUCAUUGUCUGUUGUUGAGGAAACGUCUGAGGAGGUUUACCCUAUUCCAAUGCCAGGAAUAGAGUCAUCAGAGUCGGUAGAGGAUUGUCAUGUGUCAGAGACGCUUGAGGAUACAGCUCAACAACAAAUGAGGUCAUUACUACAGGAAUUUAGUGAUGUUAUGACGGAUCUUCCUGGCUGUACACCAUUAACGAAACAUGACAUUCGGACAACUACAGAUCAGCCUGUAAGGGUGAAACCCUACCCGGUGCCAUAUCAGGUGACCGAGACAAUUAAAAGGGAGCUUCAUAAAAUGUUGGAAAUGGACAUUAUAGAGAAAUCAGAUUCUGACUACAGCUCACCUGUCGUUCUGGUACGGAAAAAGGAUGGAACGUGUCGGUUCUGUGUGGACUACCGUCAAUUGAACAAGAUAACCAUCUUUGACGCGGAACCAAUGCCAUCGACAGAGGACUUGUUUGUAAAGUUGGCCAGAUGCAAGUACCUAAGCAAGAUAGACUUAAGCAAGGGAUAUUGGCAGGUGCCUAUGACGGAUCGGGCAAAACGACGUAGUGCAUUUACAACACCCAUGGGUCUUUAUCAGUUUAAGGUGAUGAGUUUUGGGUUAGUCAACGCACCUGCAACUUUUAGUCGGCUAAUGAGGAAGGUGUUGGAAGGAAUGAAUGACUUGGAUAAUUUCCUGGAUGAUAUACUGGUGUUCACAGUCACAUGGGAGGAACACCUUGAAAGCCUACACAGCCUACUCCAACGCUUGCGGGACUCAAAACUCACAGCAAGGCCAACGAAAUGUUUCUUUGGUUACGAGGAGCUGGAAUGCUUAGGACACAUGGUGGGACAAGGUACACUACGACCUGUGGCAGAAAAACUUGAUUCCAUUCAGCGAGCACCUGUACCCUCGACAAAACGGCAAGUGAGAUCAUUUAUCGGACUAGCCAGCUACUACCGCAAAUUUAUUCCAAAUUUUGCAGCUAUUGCCGUCCCCCUUACAGAUCUUACCAAAAAGGGAAUGCCCAACAAAGUGAUAUGGGAGGUUGCACAAGAGGAAGCGUUCAACACUCUCAAAGAACUGCUUAUGUCGGAACCAGUAUUACGUCUGCCUGAUCUUGACAAGGAGUUUACACUUAGAACAGAUGCAUCAGAUCUGGGUCUAGGGGCAAUACUACUCCAAGAAUGUGAUGGAAAAUUUCACCCGAUUGCUUAUGCCAGCAGAAAACUGUUACCUAGGGAACGCAGAUAUGCGGUCAUGGAGAAGGAGUGUCUGGCCUUGGUAUGGGGUGUUAUGAAAUUCCAGCGAUACUUGCUUGGCAAGGAAUUUUGUGUAGAGACAGACCACCAACCAUUGACUUGCCUCAGCAAAAGCAAGGUAGCGAAUGCAAGGAUCAUGAGGUGGGCCAUGCUCCUGCAACCAUUUAGGAUGAGGAUUAAGGCAAUCCCAGGCAGAGACAAUGUCGGUGCAGACUAUCUGAGUCGGGCUAUGAACGAAUAG